UAGGUCAUGCACUUGAGAGAUCCCACCACAAAACACACAAGAUAAGCCAAGAUCUGAUUUUGAUAUAUGUGAAAGCGGUUCUGCAUAACUCAACUCCUGCCGUCCAUUCAGAUCUGACGGUGAAUACCACGCGGGUGCACUUAUGUCAUAUCGAAUCUAUGUGACGCGCACUCACACACACACUCUCUCUCUCUUCCGGCCCUCUCUCUCCUCUCCCUCGACUUCGCAAUUGCCCGGAGUGGCCGAAACCCUAACUACCUCCUAUAGCACCGUCGUUUUGCACCGAGUUUCACAGUUCGCGUUCGUUCCAUGAGGUUCUGCUUUGUCCCCGUGGUUUGAACUUUUUUGGGGUUUCUCUACUCUGAAAUUGGAAGACUUUGAAAAUUGAUUGUCACCGUCGGCUUGAUGUGGAUGUGGAUUUUGGAAUCACAUUUAGCAUUUAUUGUGGCAACACAGUCAGCACAGACUUUUAAUUUGUUAGGGAUAAAGCAUGCAGUUCAUUGCUGAUUACACUUACCCAUGAGCUAGGUGCUGCAUAACUUAUUAGUAGAAAGUGUUUCAAAUGGACGUUCAAGUAAUAAAUGUGGAAGAAGGGACUGGUCACCGAGCUAUGACUGAUGAUGGGGAUGCUGAACCUAGUGAAGGUGAAGUCAAUAAUGCUGAAAACUCAGGAUCUCAUGUUGAGGAUGGAAUUCCUGAGCCAUUUGUUGGUAUGGAAUUUGAUUCUGAAGAUGCUGUGAGGACUUUCUACAAUGAGUAUGCCAAACGUGUGGGCUUCACCACUAAAGUUGGCCAGCAUGGCCGUUCUAAAGUUGAUGGGGCAAUCAUGUACAGGGAGUAUGUAUGUGGCAAGGAAGGUUUAAAAAGAAGGCUAGGUGACAGUUGUGAUGCAAUGAUUAAAGUUGAGUUAAAGGGUCAAAAUAAAUGGGUCAUAACAAAGUUUGUGAAGGAGCAUAGCCAUUCCAUGGUGAAUCCCAGUAAGGUGCACCACCUUCGGCCACGUAAGCAUUUUUCUAGUGUUGGAAAGACCAUGCCUGAAACUUACCAAGGAGUGGGACUUGUUCCAAGUGGUGUUAUGUAUGUAUCUGUGGAUGGGAAUCGUGUUUCUAGUGAGAUUCGUGAAUCUAAGAACACUCCUUUUGAGCCAAGUCAUGCAGUGAGGAAUUCUACAAUGAUGAACAAUACUGGUAGGCCUUCUAUCAGAAAGAGGACAUUAGGGAGAGAUGCUCAGAACCUGCUGGAGUAUUUUAAGAAAAUGCAAGCUGAGAAUCCUGGUUUCUUCUAUGCUAUACAACUUGAUGAAGAAAAUCAUAUGUCAAAUGUAUUUUGGGCCGAUGCAAGAUCAAGGACAGCAUACAGUCAUUUUGGCGAUGCAGUGACCCUGGACACGACAUACAAAGUGAAUCAAUACAGGGUUCCUUUUGUUCCUUUUACUGGGGUGAACCAUCAUGGUCAAAUGAUUUUGUUUGGUUGUGCACUUCUUUUGGAUGAUUCUGAGGCUUCUCUCUUGUGGCUCUUUAAGACAUUUCUGACAGCAAUGAAUGACCGCCAACCUGUCUCUAUAAUUACAGAUCAAAACAAAGCCACACAGACAGCAGUUUCUCAAGUUUUUCCUCAAACACGCCACUGUAUAAGUAAAUGGCAUGUCUUGAGAGAAGGCCAAGAAAAGUUGGCACACGUUUGUCAUAAUCAUCCAAACUUUCAGGUUGAACUUUAUAAUUGCAUUAACCUAACAGAGACCAUUGAGGAAUUUGAGUCAUCUUGGAGUUCUAUCCUUGAUAAAUAUGAGCUCAGAAGAAAUGAUUGGCUUCAGUCAUUGUAUGAUGCUCGUGCUCGGUGGGUUCCAGCAUAUUUUCAUGAUUCAUUUUUCGCUGCAUUAUCUCCAAGUAGAGGAUUUGACAGUUCUUUUUUUGAUGGUUAUGUCAACCAGCAGACAACAUUACCAAUGUUCUUUAGGGAGUAUGAAAGGGCUUUAGAGAACUGGUUUGAGAAGGAAGUAGAAGCAGAUUUUGAAACUAUUUGCACCACACCGGUUUUGAGGACACCUUCACCCAUGGAAAAACAGGCUGCUAGUCUUUAUACAAGAAAAAUAUUUUCUCUGUUUCAAGAAGAGCUAGUUGAAACAUUUGUUUAUACUGCCAAUAGAAUUGAAGGUGAUGAGGUAAAUAGCACAUUCAGAGUUGCAAAAUUUGAAGAUGAUCAAAAGGCAUAUGUUGUCACAUUAAACCAUUCAGAGUUGAGAGCUAACUGUAGUUGUCAAAUGUUUGAGUAUUCAGGCAUUCUUUGCAGGCAUGUCUUGACUGUUUUCACAGUGACCAAUGUACUUACAUUACCACCACAUUACAUCUUAAGACGGUGGACAAGAAAUGCAAAAAUUGGUGUUGGAUCAGAUGAACGUGCUGGCGAAUUACAUGGACAGGAGUCUCUAACAUCAAGGUAUAGCAAUCUAUGUAGGGAAGCAAUCAGAUAUGCUGAGGAAGGGGCAGUAGCUGUGGAAACAUAUAAUGCUGCUUUGAGUGUCCUUAAAGAAGGUGGGAAGAAGAUUGCUGCUGUGAAGAAAGGUGUUGCCAAAGUUGCUCCUCCUAGCAAUCAGACUGGUGGGAUUGCUUAUGAUGACAAAAAAACUUCUACGUCAACUUCAGAUACAACCCCUCUUCUAUGGCCACAGCAUGAUGAAAUAAUGAGGAGGUUUAAUCUUAACGAUGCUGGUGCUCCUGUUCAAUCAGUUGCUGAUCUGAAUUUGCCACGAAUGGCUCCUGUGUCCCUUCAGCGAGAUGAUGGUCCAUCUGACAACAUGGUAUGUAGAAAGGUGGUUCUCCCCUGUCUGAAGUCAAUGACUUGGGUAAUGGAGAACAAAAAUUCAACUCCUGGGAAUAGAGUAGCUGUUAUCAAUUUGAAGUUGCAAGAUUACAGCAGGACUCCAUCAGCAGAAUCUGAGGUAAAGUUUCAGCUCUCAAGAGUUUCUUUGGAACCAAUGUUGAGGUCUAUGGCUUACAUCAGUGAGCAGCUCUCAACACCAGUUAAUAAGGUUGCUGUAAUAAAUCUCAAGCUUCAAGAUACUGAGACAACUUCUGGGGAAUCUGAAGUAAAGUUUCAGGUGUCCAGGGACACAUUGGGUGCCAUGUUGCGAUCGAUGGCCUAUAUUCGGAGACACGCAGUCAGAGCCUGUAUUGAAAAGGCAUCGAAAAUAAGGCUGCGAAGUUUCUUUUCCAUGCUCAGAAGACUUGGAGGUGGUAGGUCCUGAAAAAGAUCAAAUCAUCAAUGUAGCUAUUUACACCUGGGCGAUAGCGCACACCGCGGAGCUGAGAUGCAAGAGACGACUAUCAAUAGAGCAGAGUUGCCCAUUUGGUUGUGAAAUAAUUUAAGAUUCCAUGGAUCUGAUGGGGGACUAUUCAUAAGCACUUAACCGAUGGAAGGAUGUAGUCCAAGAAGAGCAUUAAAUGACUUUUGUGAACCUUGCCGGCACAGAUUGGAUCAAAUGGAAUUUAUCUCAUGAGGCUAGUAAGGCGUAUAUGAAAAAGGUGAACUGGAAAACACUAUUUGGGCAGAUGAACUGGGAUAUUUGGGUAGGUAGAUGUAUAAGGGAUUCUGAUGGUAACAACUGAAAAUCUUCAUACAAUCCUUCCACUUUCUUACGAGCUUGCUCAGACGAUGAUCUCAUUCAUUUAGCCCCUUGUUUGAAUUAUGAAAAAAAUAACUUAAAUGUUAGAGCUCAACCUAGAUAUGAUGCUUUUAGGCUUGAAGUUGGUGGAUCUGUAAACGUAAAUGGAAGCAGUGGAUGUGGUGGCCCUAUUUGAGAUAAGAAUGGCAACUGGGUUAAAGGUUUCAACUACAAAUUAAUUAAUGUUUCCCUUAUGGUUGUGAAGGUCGCUGUUAUUCAGGACCUUUAGUUGUGCUGGUUUUACAAGGUCAGAGAUGUGGCUAUCUACAAUGAUUAUAUUGAAGCUAUCCAAUUUAUUCAAAAAGGUUGUGAAGAUGGUCGCACCUUCAAGGAUAUCAUUGAUGAAGCCAGAUUGUUAUGCCAUGGAGAGUGGAGACUGACACUCCAUCAUUUUAGUAAAAAUUGCAACUCUUACACUAACAGAUUAGCUAAGCUUUCUCAUAAUUCGAAUGUUAAUUUUUGUACCUUUGAUCAACUCUGAUUUCCCGCACACCAGGCGGUAGUUGAUGAAAGUGUAA